AUGGGCUCUAUUCUUAUCCAUCACCUACCCUCAGCGUGGCAUGUCGACCAAGCCAUCCUGCAUCACCAAGAAGAAGUCGUAGUAAUCCGAUUCGGCCGUGACCAUGAUGCGAAUUGCAUGCUCAUGGAUGAGAUGCUAGCGAAGGUCGCGCCUCGCGUUGAAUCUUUCGCUGCGAUUUACGUUGUAGACAUUGAUAAGGUCCGAGAAUUCAACGGAAUGUAUGAGCUCUGGGAUCCAUGUACCGUGAUGUUCUUCUGGAGGAAUAAGCUUAUGUUGUGUGAUUUCGGCACUGGAAACAACAACAAACUCAAUUUCCACGUCGGCGAUAAACAAGAGCUGAUUGACAUCAUCGAGACCGUGUACCGAGGUGCGAAAAAGGGACAUGGACUUGUUGUUAGUCCCAAGGAUUAUUCUUCCAAGUAUAAUUACUGA